CAUUUACUCUUGUUUGAGUAACAUUUGCUAAAACCUGCAGUGCUCUGCUGUGGUAUCAAAUUACUGUUUUUGGCAAGGUGCCUUUUUAAAAAAUGAAGCUAUAUAUCUGUGACCCGUUUUCAAAGAUUCACAUUCUUUAGUGGGAACAAAUGGUCUUGGGGCUGAGUGCCACAGACAAUUUUAAGAGACGUACUAAUGGCUUUGUUAAUUUGGUCUUUCCACAGGAUUUAUUGACAUUAUCAAAAAAUAUAGAACAUCCCUUGUGUUGUUCUUUUAAAAUGUAGCCUUGUCUGCCAAAUUUACUAGACCAUAGACAGUGUAUCACAUUUAUGUCUUUAAAAGGUAUUGAUAAAUUGCUUUUUCCAUAUAUCUUUCAGUGAGUUCUUUGAUUUGUAUGUUUUAAAGCUUUGUUGUUGCAACAUGAGGUCUGAUCAGUGACCAGAGAGAGGGUGGCGAUGCAGAGAUUGUGUUUUGAUUAUAGUUACAUUCAGCAGCAGCACGCGCAAGACUGCACUUCCAGUGGGUCCAAUUACAGCACAUAUCUAAAUGAUGUUAGAGCUAAACGUCAGCUUGGCCCAUGAAAAUGGCAGAGAGAGUGAGGGACUUGGCAAGGUCUCUACCUGAGCAGCAACCUGCAUGGUCAAAAUAACAAUUAGCCCAGGCUCGGCGCAUGCCAUGGAGAGUUCGUCAGUGUACAUGUGCUUCCCCUGCUACCAGGAGUUCAACACUCUGGAAGAGGUACUCAAGCACCAAUUGACAUGCACUGCUGAGGAUGACCAGCCAGACACAUCUGGAGCCACCCCUGUCACUGUUCCAGUGCUACAGACACGGCAACAGGUAUUAAAUAUAUCAAGGACAGUUGCAGUCCCACAGACUCAAGUCCAAGCAGGCAACGCCUCUGUGCAAUCGGUUCAGAGUGCACUCAAGCAGACUGCUGUUGGAGUAAAGGUGCCAUCGGAUCAGCCCAGAAUCCUCUACCAGUGUGGGGACUGUGAUGAACUAUUCAAGAGCCUGGACCUCUGGCAGCAACACCGUAAAGAAGAGACAUGUCAGCAGGCUGCUUCUGGGAGCAAGUCAAAACCUGAUUCACAACCUGAGCCAGAGACCCCUUCAGUUCAGAGCUCAACUCCAACUUUAAAUCCAGAUGAGUGCUCUCUCUCAGAGAGUGAUACGAGCAAAAAUCUUAAGCCCGAACCAGAAGAGAAACCCGUUGUAGAGGAAGAGGAAGAGGAGCAGCAGGUUGCAGAGGCCUCUUCAGCUCAGAGUUCUGAUCUCCCUGUUUCUGAGGUGGUCACUCCAACCUCUAAUCGAGAAGAUUUGUCUCCCAGGAGGAGAGGGGCCAACAAAAAACCUAAGCCUGAACCAGUGCUCCUGUGCGUGGACUGUGGUUCAUGCUUCGGCCUCGUGUCUGAACUCGUUGCUCACCGCAAAACCCAACACGGCUUUGAGGAAGCCCUGCACCGAUGCUCUGUGUGUGGGGAGAGCUUUUUAAACACUACCCUCUUCCUCUACCACCGCAAGCAACACAGGCAGAAAGGUGAAGAAAAAAUGGUAGCAGUUCCUGAAGUGACAGAGGAAGUUUGCAUUCAGAACAAUGGGACUGAUGAGCAGAGGCAGGACACCACUGCCUCCACCACCAGUGAAACCUCCACUUUUCCACAGCCUGAGUUGUUCAUGUGCACCCAGUGUGGGGAGAGCUUCAGCAACGAGGAAGGGCUGGUCACGCAUCGUACAGAGAAGCAUGGUCUGCAGGAGCCCCUGCACAGUUGCUCUCAUUGUGGCGAGAGCUUCAUGAACACCACUCAGUACCUGUACCAUCUCCGGCAGCACCGCUUCACAUCAGAGUCGGAGGUGGUGGAUGGAGGUGAAACCGGUGAUGAAACAACCGCCACGACAGCUCAGGAUACCCCACAGAGCUCAAAGAGGCUGCUUUCUUCACCUGCUUCUGCUAGUGAAUCAGGUUCACCUUUUCCUAAGAGGAGUAAACCCUCUUUCAGGAUCCUGAGUGGUGGUGCACUCAAAGGAAACAAGAGUUCAGGCACCAAAGAGGAGUCAGAGGGCAGCACUGCAGCAGACUCGGACACCACCAACCUCCCUCCGCCUACCAAGCUGCUGCAGGACUGGGCCCGCACACCACUACCCCAUGUUUGCCCCUACUGUGGCAAAACCUUCACAAGACGCGUCUUCCUCCGCACCCAUGUCUACAGCCACACUGGAGAAAAGCUUUUCACGUGCAAGGUGUGCACAAAGUCCUUCACUAACUCCCAGAGCCUGCUGCGCCACAGCAUGAACCACACGAGCACCAGGCCCUUCAGCUGUGAUGUUUGUGGCAAAAACUUCUCCCAGGCAGCCACCCUGAAGAGACACCAACGCAUUCACACAUCAACGCACCCUCGGCGCAAGCGUGGACGCAAACCGGUGUGUAGUCUGGACAACGAGGGAGCUGCUCAUCUCUACCCUUGUCCUCUCUGCCCCUCACGGUUUAACACGGAGGAUCAGCUUAACCAUCACAAACUGCUCCACACCAGCCACCCGUUCCCUUGCCCAGAAUGUGGCGAGGCUUUCAAACGCAGGAAAGAUCUCGACCUGCACUCGCUCACUCAUCAAGACAAGCAGCCAGCGAUGUGCCCUCACUGUUCAUCCCAGUUUGUGAAUCAGUCCGUGCUGGAUAUCCACCUGCAGCGCUGCCCUACCACCGAUGAGGAGAAGAAUGCGGGCCGUGGACGGGGCCAAGGCCGAGGACGGUGCACUGGACAGAUUGAGUGUGACCUAUGUGGCCACCGUUGCAUGACCCAGGAGGGCCUUGAUCUCCAUCGGUUAUCCCACACGGGCCAGACACCUCUCAAAUGCCCAGUGAGGCCUUGCCGCCGCCGAUUUACCUCCAACAGUGCCCUGGAGGAGCAUGUGCUGGCCCAUUUCCAAGGCACGCUCAGCAAGUCCAAAAACCGACCCCGCUUCCGCUGUGAAGUUUGCCACAAGGAAUUUGCCUACAAUUCCACCUUCAUUGUUCAUAUGAGGACACAUACUGAUGAGAGGCCCUUUGAGUGCAACACAUGUGGCAAACGCUUCCGCCAGCUGCCCCAUCUGCAGGACCAUGAGCGCAUCCACAGCGGCCUGCGGCCUUUCUGCUGCUGGAUUUGCGGCAAGAGUUUCAGCGUGGCUGCCCGUCUCACCGAGCAUGCCCGCACCCACAGCGGCGAGAAGCCCUACCCCUGUCCCCACUGCCCUGCUGCCUUCCGCUCUCGCUCCAACCUGGAUAAACACAUCCGGCUACACGGAGACCUGCCUCUCGAAAAGGCAGAGGAGGCUGCACAUGCAGCCGAGGCGGCCCACGUCCAGAAGGUGCUGGAGGGGGCCAAGGUGCUGUCCUCUCUGCCCACCGCAGAGGAGGUUGAAUCUGGCUCUGUGCAGACCAUCUAUGUCCUGCAGGGGGCCGAAGGAGGCACCGAAACGGUCAUGAUCCCAUCUGAUCAGCUCAGUGGCAUAGAGGGAACCUCACAGGUUGUUAUCCUGCCCUCCUCUGUUCUGGGAACUCAGGCCAUUACUGUUCCGACUAUCACCAUGGAUGGCAAUGAAAUCACUAUGGUGGAGGCCAGCCAGUCACCGCAGCAUGCCAUUGAGUUCAUCGUGGAGGAGACUGUAUGAAGGCAGAUACAUACGGACAACACAGAAGAGAAAGACUGAGAGAUUAGUUGAGAAUGUAGACUGUUAAUGGAGUGAAAAGUUUGAUCAUUUAAGGAUAUGCAGUUAUUUCCUCAUAUGUACUGUAUAUAGUUUGAUAGGUUUCUAAGCCAGUUUCAACACAAGUUCCAAUUUGUGUAGUUGUACAACUUGAGCAUAAAUUGAAUUUAACAUUGUUGUAACAGUGAACCUUGUGACUUAAACAUUGAUACAAACAUGAAACAUUCAGGGGAACAGAUUAAAUUAGUCGUUCAGUUGGAUUGAAAAACAUGUUGUAAAAUUGGCCCGUGAUUGUACAGAAGACGCUUGUUCACAGCCCCUAUUUAUUAGGGGAAGACUGGUGGUGGGCCAUGAAAUGUCUUCUGCUUUAUAAUAAAACACUUCAGCUUUCA